AGAGACAUUUCCAGAAUUAAAAGUUGAUCAGUUUGGGUGUCUGGAAGCGAAGGGAAACACCAAGUCGCAGCUGAAGUCAUGAACGAUGUUUCUCAUCACCGUUAGCAGCAGUGGAGUCAGUGACACGUCGAACCAGAAUCAAGUGACUCAUUCACAGGUUCAUGUGUUGCCUUUGAAUCAUUUGUUCUCCACGUUACCGACGUUGCGAUGCCGCAUGGAGGACAUGUGUCUAAUUUUGAGUCUUUUUACCCUCGGAGGAUCAUUUCACAAAGGUUUAGCAGUUUUGAUCCAAACCCAGCAGACGGUGUUGGCAGCAGUAGGAGAAGAUGCUCCUCUCAGCUGUCGGCUCCUGGAAACUAAAGACGUCCAGCAGGUCACCUGGCAGAAAGUGUUGGAGAAAACAGAGAGGAAUAUUGGUUCCUACAGCCAGUAUUUUGGUGAAACAGUGAAUCCUGGAUUUAAAGAUAAAGUUCAGUUUACAGAAGCUGGACUGCAGAAGAACUCUAUAGUUAUCAGGAACGUUACAGAGCAGGAUGCAGGAUGUUAUCUCUGUCUGUUCAACACCUACCCUGAUGGAGCUCUGAUAGCUGCAACCUGCCUGGAGGUUUAUGAGCUGCAUGGACCCUUCAUUGACGUCAGCAGAUCAAACUCUCCUCCAGGGUCGGAUGUGACCUGUUCAGCCACAGGUCGGCCUGUUCCCAUGGUAACACUGACUGUUCUCCAUCAGAACCUCAGCUUCUCCCACUACAACACCAGUACAGAGACCAACACUAACGGUACCGUCACCGUCACCACUAAAGUUCUGCUCUCAGAUCUCAGCAGCACACAGGUUGGAUGUUCAGUGUCAGUGGACUCUGCUGCUCCCAGAGAGCUGCUGGUCACCGUUCCUGAGGUCAAAGAUUCGUCUGAUGAUGGUGAGGAACUCUUAGAGGUUCAGUGCCUCACAGAUAUAUUCACAUCCAUCAAUCUUUUCAAUUUUGACACAGUGCAACCACACACUUUUGUAUUGACCAACCAGUGGGAGCAUAAUUAUGAAGAGACCAUAUUACCAACAAAUAAAAACCUGGAAGAAGUGAUAUUUGUUUUAAGUAUCUUGUGUCAAUAUUUGGUAAAAUUCCCUCCAGUUUGCAUUUUUAUGUUACUAAUCUCUCUACCGACAUUUUAGAGACCAGAAUAUUUGUAUGAUUUUUCUCCAUCAAAUUGUUCCAUCUCAAUCAGAUUGGAUGAAGAGCUUCAGGUUUGCUGCUGGAAGAUUAACGUCCAGAAAAUCAAAUUAACAAUCUACUUAAUUUUUGAUCUGCAUAAGGAAAUGGCUCUUUGGUAUGAAUAGAUAGAUGAAUAAACUUCACUUCUCAGAUUUCUGUUGAAAUGGAAAUGUAUGUAUCGUUCUCCUUCCACUUCACAUCUGUCUAUCAUUGUGCUCGUUUUAUAAAAUCUCUCUAAAAUACACUAAAGUUUGGAUUUGUAAUGCAACAAAAUGUGGAAAACUAUAAGAGUAAAUUGGUGUGUGUGUGUGUGUGUGUGUGUGUAUGGUGGACCUCCAUGGUUGUGAUUACCUUUGGGCCCUGUGUAUAAACUGCAGAUCACUUUGUGAUUGUAAAUGUUUGAAUCUCUUUUACCAGGUUUGAAUAACCAAUCGGAUUCAGAUUUCAGAGGUUUCAGUAAGUUCAUGUUCAGAUUCUCACAUGUUGAUUUUUCAUUUAGUUUUUUUUUUGUUUUUUUUUCCGGUAAACUCCAUUGAGAUCUGGAUCUCAUUUUCAAGAGGGACCUGGGCAGAAGUCUGCAAUACACAGCAACCUGGUUACAAAAUAAAACUAAUUAUUACAUAUGCACAAGUGUAAAACAAUAAAAAACAAUUUAAAAGCAGUGACACUGUUUCAUAGAGUCUCGUUGCCUGUUUUUAAGAACUGCUCAAAAUGAAUCCAUUGAAACCAGUUCUGCCAUCUUGAGUCCAGAUUGGAGCUGAUUCCAGGCAGAAGGAGCCAUAACACUGAAUGCUUGCUUCCCUUUGCAGUUCGAACACGUGGAACUUGCAAAAGAAAAAUGUUAUUUGAGUGUAAAGAAUGGGAAUUAGUAGAUCUAUGCAAGAGAGAAAACUGUUCUGUUGUUGAAACACAUUUCAUUUCUUCCUAAAGGAUGGCCUCUGAUUGUUGUAUUCCUGAUUGUCCUGAUCUGUAUUUGUGUUUUACAAUUC